CGGAAGGGGGAGAGGUGAGGUGGGCUCUCCAGAACGACGAGCCGUGGAGAUCUGCGCCGGUGCGGGCAUCGACGGACUUCACAUCACUUGCCUGCCCGACUCCCCCCGAAACGUCUGAUCGCGCCUCCUCUCUCUCUCUCUCUCUCUUUCCCUCUCUUUUCCUCUCUCUCUAUCUCUCUCUCUCUCGCGUUCUCUCUCCAGCACACACACCAUGAGGUCCAAGCGGAGGAUGCCCGCUCUGUUUGUUAUUCCAGCCGAGAGAGAGCAUCACGCAAGCGCGUAAAAGAAAAAGAAGAAGCUCGGACACCUUUUUGGAGCGCUCUUUCUUCUCUCAGGACGAAAAGCCCUCCGGUGUUUCUUUUAUUUUCCUCUCUCUUUCUGUCUCUCUCCAAGGGCCGCAGCGAGUGCGCGCAUCCCACCUUGGAUUAUCAUCAGCGUGGACAUAUGGGGGAAAAGAGGACACAUCAAUGCGUUCACUUUUGAAGCAACGCGCAGGGUCUUGACGCUAUUGCGUUACGCAUCUGUUUCCCUGCGAGUCUCUUUUUUUUCCCACCUCCUGUCUUUCGCUCUCUCUCUCUCUGCCCCCCCGUCCAGAUCCCCGUUGAAAUUGGGUUCUCUGCAGCAUUUUUUUUUUUUUUAGCCACAGAAAAGUCAAAUAUCGGUGGUUAAAGAGGGGGGUUGGGGGAGAAACAGACCGAAGUGUGUGUAUAGUCUGAGAGGACCGACGAGAGCAGGAGCAAGAGGAGGUGCUGGUGGUGGUGGUGGAGGAGGACGGAGGGGGGGUGGGGUGCAGAAUGAGGUGUGUUUUCUCUCUGUUUUGGGAAAAGCCGGAGAAAGACGGGAGAAGGUGUAUAAGCCAGCUACUCUCUUGAGAAAUAACGGCGAUCCGAGGAGGAGGAAAUGGCCUAGCUAAAGCAACAAAAUCAUAAAGAGCAGAGGAGAGAAGAAUCGUGCUGUGGAUGGACGGGCCAGCGUCAUCGACAUCAUCCUAAAUCCCCGGCGCUCGCAUCGCCUCUUUAAGGUUUAAUUGGUGUCCUUGACUGCAGCGCUGGACUUAGUCUGAAAAAGCAAGACGGAUGAGCCCGCAGAGUCAAACUGAGAAUGUUCCCUGUCCCGUCACCUCACCAUGUCUCCAUAGAAACAGUAUCAACUGCCCCCUUUCCACAAUUCCUUCUUUUGCCUUUGUCAUGUCCCGAUAACCCCCUGGGUCUCUGAUCCUCCCUCUGUCCUAACCACAGUCCCUGUGAUCUGAGUCCAAUAGUGUUACUUUGGAAAUGUUCAUUUUUCCGUUCAAUGCUGCCAGCCACCACGGCUACGGUGGGAAGCAUCUGAAUACUUCUCAGCAGGCCCCCAAGUCCUGCCUGAUGUGGCUCCUGGGACUAGUGCUGCACCUGACUCUUUCUUCUUCUCAGCGUAUCGACCUGAAACAUCCCAUAGUUUCUACCAACUAUGGAAAGGUGCGUGGCAUCCGGAAGGAGCUGAACAAUGAGAUCUUAGGCCCAGUAGAACAGUUCCUUGGCGUGCCGUACGCCACCGCACCCAUAGGCGAGCGCCGCUUCCAGCCCCCCGAAGCCCCGGGCUCCUGGCAGGAGAUACGCAAUGCCACCCAGUAUGCACCUGUGUGCCCCCAGAAUGUGCACGGCGUUUUGCCCGAGAUCAUGCUGCCAGUGUGGUUCACCGACAACUUGGAUGCAGCGGCGACCUAUGUUCAGAACCAGAGCGAGGACUGCCUUUACCUCAACAUUUACGUGCCCACUGAAGAUGGUCCGCUCACAAAAAAAAAUGAUGAGUCCACCAUGAACAGACCAAGGGAUGAAGAUAUUCGGGAUCGCCGAAAGAAGUCAGUCAUGCUCUUUAUCCACGGAGGCUCCUACAUGGAGGGCUCAGGGAACAUGUUUGAUGGCAGCGUCCUUGCUGCCUACGGAAACGUCAUCGUCGUAACCAUGAACUAUCGCCUUGGCGUGCUCGGAUUUCUGAGCACGGGGGACCAAUCUGCUAAGGGGAACUAUGGUUUGCUGGACCAGAUCCAAGCUCUGCGCUGGCUCAAUGAAAACAUUGAGCACUUUGGAGGAGACCCAGAGAGAAUCACGAUCUUUGGCUCCGGAGCCGGUGCUGCCUGUGUAAACCUUCUCAUCCUGUCCCAUCAUUCUGAGGGCCUGUUCCAGAGGGCCAUCGCUCAGAGCGGCUCAGCCAUCUCCAGCUGGUCGGUCAACUACCGACCUCUGCCCUACACCAAGAUUCUGGCCAAGAAGGUGGGCUGCACCCUGGGGGACAUGGCAGAGCUGGUGGACUGUCUGCGGCGGAAGAGUUUCCGGGAGCUGGUGGACCAAGACAUUCAGCCCGCCCGCUACCACAUCGCCUUCGGGCCCGUGGUGGACGGGGACGUGGUGCCGGACGACCCGGAGAUCCUCAUGCAGCAGGGUGAGUUCCUCAACUAUGACAUACUGCUGGGCGUCAACCAGGGAGAAGGCCUGAAGUUUGUGGAUGACAGUGAAGGAGAAGACGGGAUCUCCGCAGCUUCGUUCGACUACACGAUUUCAAACUUUGUGGACAAUCUAUAUGGAUACCCUGAUGGUAAAGAUAUCCUAAGGGAGACCAUAAAGUUCAUGUACACAGACUGGGCCGACAGGGACAACAGCGACAUGCGCAGGAAGACCCUGCUGGCUUUGUUCACAGACCACCAGUGGGUGGCCCCGGCCGUCGCCACGGCCAAGCUUCAUGCAGAGUUCCAGUCGCCCGUCUACUUCUACACGUUUCACCACCACUGUCAGACGGAGGCACGGCCGGACUGGGCGGACGCCGCUCACGGAGACGAGAUCCCGUAUGUGUUCGGGAUUCCCAUGGUGGGAGCCACUGAUCUUUUCCCCUGUAACUUCUCCAAGAACGACAUAAUGCUCAGCGCGGUGGUCAUGACCUACUGGACCAACUUCGCAAAGACAGGGGAUCCUAAUCUGCCUGUUCCUCAGGACACAACAUUCAUUCACACUAAGCCUAACCGUUUCGAGGAGGUGAUUUGGACCAAAUUCAGCUCCAAAGAUAAGCAGUACUUGCAUAUUGGCCUGAAGCCACGUGUCAGAGAUAACUACCGUGCCAACAAGGUUGCUUUUUGGCUUGAGCUUGUGCCGCAUCUCCACAGCCUGCACGAAGAACUCAUAAACGCAGUCACAACUCGACUGCCGUCUGGAGGCACCGGCCGACGCAAGGUGCCUCCCCCCGUCAACUCUUCACCCCAAAAACCACCGGUGUCCACCUACCCGUCAGAACCUGACCCCGACAGCUCAGAGAGACCCCGCCCCACUCCUUUUCCAAGUGAGACGAGGGACUACUCCACCGAGCUGAGCGUGACAGUGGCUGUCGGCGCGUCGCUUCUCUUCCUGAACGUGCUGGCUUUUGCCGCACUUUACUACAAACGGGAUAAGCGCCACGAACUCAUGCAGAGGCGUCACCGCCGGCUCUCCCCGCAACGUGGCACAACAAUGGGCAUUGGGGUCGGCAUGGGAGUUGUGGGCGCCCCACCGCACAACGACCUAGCGCUCAGUCAGGAGGAGGAGCUGAUGUCACUGCAGAUGAAGCAGCAGAGGGUGGAGCUGGAGCACGGGACCCCACUCCCUUCCCGUGCCCUCCACGGUGACCUGGAGCCGCUUCGUCCUCCCGUGUGUCCCCCUGACUACACCCUGGCGCUGAGGCGGGCACCGGAGGACGUGCCACUGAUGACCGCCAACACCAUCACCAUGAUCCCCAGUACCAUCAGCAGCAUCCAACCGCUCCACCCAUUUAACACUUACCCGCCGGUCCCGGCCCCUUCGUCAACACCUGUGCCCAGCCACAGCAACAAUGCCCUGCCUCACCAACACUCUACUACCCGCGUAUAGGACCAGGCACAAGCUCCGCUACUCCUUUGGGCUCGCCAAGCUGCACCACACAAACUGCUCCAUUCCAACUUCAACUUUUUUUCCCCCCCAACCUUCUUUGCCGUCUUCACAUCUUCGUCCUCUUUAAGCCCUCAGACAAAGCUGCAGUUUGUAAGAUUUGAAGUGGUGAAAUACCUCUAAGCUAUGAUCACGUCUUAUCGAAGACCGGAUCGAGGAAGCACCCUUGUCAUCACACUUAUUUGUGUAAUAGCUCAGUGAAUAUCCGGUGCGUAGGAAAGGUCGCCAGGUCACUCCUCUUUAGGCCCGUAGCUCCCUCGAAGAGGUGUCGUAAUCAGUCAGACGUUAAACGUGGAGUUCGGUUGUUUGGCACACGCGUUUCCUUUCGUGUCAGUGUGGAGCAGUGUUUAACAAAAGAGUACAAACACACAUUGUCAUUCAUUUAGGGAGAAGAUGAUACAGUAGCAAACAGCUUUGUGCGAGGUAGCAUAUGUCCCAGCAAGCUGUCUGUCAUAAAGCGCUGGUUUCUUGAAGCUUACAAAUUGCAGCUUUAAAAAGGCCCAAUCUGGAAGGGGGAUUUGGCACCCCAUACAGAGCACUGUGCUCCAGCAGCUGUCUCUGCAUUGUGAUUUUAGAGAUUGCUGCAUAGUGUGAAAUAUGCUGCCGAGAUUGGAAUAGAACCGACGUGUGACAGCCACAUACGACUAAAUCUGUUUUGGAUUCAUUUACAAUAUUCACAGUGGUUUGGAAAAGUGUCUGCACCCCUUGAUAGUUUUCACGUUUUGUCACGACCUCAAACUUUAACGAUUUCCAUCAAGAUUUUAUUUGAUAGACCAACAUAAAGUAGUACCUAAUUGUGGGUGGAAGGAAAAUAAUGCAUGGUUAUAAAAAUCUAAGACGUGUGUUGAAAAAAAUUUUUUUUUAAGACUUGCCGUGGAUUGACAAUUUGUGCCACACGCCUUUAUUUUGGAGCAUUAUUAAGGCGUGCAUUAGCAUUAUCAUUUUUUAGUAUUAUAAUCUUAUCAGAUUUCUUUUACAGAAAUUUAAAACAGUAAUACGAUUGCAUUUUUCAUGUGUUUGUUGUGUUAGGUCUUUGGCAGUGCAUGAUUUAUAAAUUUGUA